CAAAAAUCGUGGCAGUGUUGGUGAGAAUAUCUAAAUUCUUUCAAUUAACAUUUAUAUCUAUAAAUUUAGGCGGAUAUUUUCUGGCUGGCCGUUCAAUGCAUUUCAUACCGGUAAUCAUUUUUACAAUAUAUCAUAUUUGUUUUCAUUUAUAGUUGUAGGUUGGUGCUUCAUUAUUUGCAUCAAAUAUCGGUAGUGGUCAUUUCAUUGGUUUAAGUGGAUCUGGCGCUUCAAGUGGUAUCGCUGUUGCUGGCUUUGAAAUCGGUGCAGUAUAUAUGCUUAUGAUACUUGGAUGGUUAUUUGUACCAGUUUAUAUGAAAGCAGAAGUAUUUACAAUGCCUCAAUAUUUAAAAAUGCGUUUUGGUGGUGAACGUAUACGUGUUUAUUUAACAUGUCUUGCAUUGAUGUUAUCAAUUUUUACGAAAAUAUCUGUUGAUCUUUAUUCCGGUGCUGUUUUUCUUCAACAAGCACUUAAUUGGAAUCUUUAUGUAUCAGUUAUUGCUCUUAUUCUUCUUGCUGCUUUUUUUACUGUUGGUGGUGGUUUAACAGCAGUUAUUUGGACAGAUUUUAUUCAAACAAUAAUUAUGAUUAUAUCUGCUUUUAUUCUUAUGAUUAUUAGUUUUAUGAAAAUUGGUGGUCUUCAACAAGUACGAAUUCUUUUUCCAUAUGCAAUUGCUAAUACAACAUUACAUAAUACAACAGAAUGUGGUGUUCCAAAUGAAAAUUAUUUUUCAUUAAUUCGUCCAUUCGAUGCCGAUCUACCAUGGUUUGGUUUAAUAUUCGGAUCAGCAGUUGUUUCUGUAUGGUAUUGGAGUUGUGAUCAAGUAAUUGUUCAACGAACAUUAGCAGCAAAAAAUUUAACACAUGCAAGAGCAGGAUGUCUUUUUGCAGGAAUUUUAAAAUUUUUACCUUUAUUUCUAAUGAUAUUUCCUGGUAUGGUUGCACGAAUACUUUUUCCAGAUGAAAUCGGUUGUGCUGAUCCAGAUGUUUGUUAUCAAGUUUGUGAAAGUCGAAAUGGUUGUAAUGAUAUAGCAUAUCCUCUUCUUGUACUUCGAUUAAUGCCCAAUGCAAUUCGAGGUUUAACAUUAGCAUGUAUGAUUGCUGCUCUAAUGUCAUCAUUAACAUCUAUAUUUAAUUCAAGUUCAACAAUAUUUACAAUUGAUAUAUGGCAACGUUUUCGUAAAAAUGCGCAUGACUGGGAAUUAAUGAUUGUUGGCAGAGUUUUUGUAAUGAUUCUUGUGGCUAUUUCAAUUCUUUGGAUUCCAAUUAUUCGAGCAGCACAAGGUUCGAGAUUAUUUGAUUAUAUUCAAGCUGUUCAAUCAUUUUUAGCUCCUCCUGUUGCUGCUUGUUAUCUAUUAGGUGUACUAUGGAAACGUAUAAAUGAAGAAGGAGCAUUUUGGGGUCUUAUAUCAGGUUUAUUUGUUGGUAUGGUUAGAUUUAUAUGGGAAUAUUCAUAUACAACAAUGCCAUGUCAAUUGGAACAUCUCGAUAAACGUCCAUCAAUAAUUCGUUUUAAUUUCUUAUAUUUUUCUAUUCUACUUUUUCUUAUAUCUGCUAUUGUUACAAUUGUUGUAAGUCUUCUUACAAAACCUAUUCCAGAUAAAUAUAUAUCGGGUUUAACUGCAUUUGAUCUCGAUAAUCCUGACAGACCCAUUGAAAUUCCAACACAAUCUGGUUGUAUGUACAAAGCAAAUACAGAUGAUAAUGAUGAAGAACAGCAACCAUAUUCAUUUGUAGAUCACAUAGAAAAAAUUCCAACUGACACAGAACAGAAAACAUUACAUUUUUUUGAAACAAGUGAUUCAAGUGGAUUCGUUUUUUAUUUAAAAACUGCUUUUGCUUGGAUUUGUGGAUUGGAAAAAAAUAUGGAGCUUGAUGAACAAUCAAUACGUUCAUAUGAUAGUACAAGUAAUCGAAGAAGUAUAAGUAUUACGACUGAAUCAAAUAUUUCUUCAUGGCAUAGUCAAUGUUCUUAUG